CUCUUCAGAAAGGAAGGAUCGCUGAUAGAUACAUGCCCAUAGACUGGCGAGCUGGGAGAGGGGGAGCGGAGGAACAGCGAGCCCGCAGUUUUCCUUUCUUUCUCAGCAGCGGCCUGGGCCUCAAUCCGCGGUCUCGAGUUGAGCAAGCACCCGGGAUUCCAGCGUGAUACACUGCGCCAGUUCGCGUACGGGGGCUGGGUGUUCAUCAUGGGCGACAGUCGAGAUUCUCGCAGUCCAGACAGUUCUUCUGUGUCAUCACCAGCAUCUGGUCAGCACUCACCCCCAUUUGCACCUUCAGCAGCUGCCAUGACUUCACUGCCUCCCAUCUCAUCAGCUGUCAACAGCCCCAUUAGUAGCAUAGGAUCACCCUUUUCAGUCAUCAGUUCUUCUAUGGGCUCCCCAUGCAUACCUGGGACACCUUCUGUGGGCUAUGGUCCCAUCAGCAGUCCACAGAUCAACUCAACAGUAUCGAUGUCUGGUCUGCAUGCCGUUAGCAGUUCAGAUGAUGUAAAACCACCAUAUGGCCUGAAGCCACUUUCAGGUCACAGUCCAGGACCAACGCUUUCUCAAAAACGUCUUUGUGCAAUUUGUGGGGACCGAUCUUCUGGGAAGCACUAUGGUGUGUACAGCUGUGAGGGAUGUAAGGGCUUUUUUAAGCGUACUGUAAGAAAGGACCUGAGCUACACUUGCAGAGAUAAUAAGGAAUGUAUGGUCGACAAGCGUCAGAGGAAUCGCUGCCAAUACUGCCGCUACCAGAAGUGCCUGGCUAUGGGCAUGAAGAGAGAAGUGGUCCAAGAUGAAAGACAACGAACCGUUCAGGAAGAGCGUCAAAGGAACAAAGAGAGAGAUGGUGAAGUGGAAUCUACUAGUGUGGUGAAUGAGGAGAUGCCAGUAGAAAAAAUUCUGGAAGCAGAAAUGUCUGUAGAACAGAAGACAGAAAUGCAUACAGAUGGAAGCUCAGGGACCAGCUCUCCAAAUGAUCCCGUCACUAAUAUUUGCCAGGCAGCUGACAAACAACUCUUCACACUGGUCGAGUGGGCCAAGAGGAUCCCGCACUUCUCUGAACUGCCAUUGGAUGAUCAAGUCAUCCUUCUACGUGCGGGCUGGAAUGAGCUUUUAAUUGCCUCAUUCUCACAUCGGUCCAUCUCCGUGAAGGAUGGAAUUCUGUUGGCCACCGGUCUCCAUGUCCACAGGAACAGUGCACACAGUGCAGGGGUUGGAGCCAUCUUCGACAGGGAGGGUGCGCACAAUGCAGAGGUUGGGGCCAUAUUUGACAGAGUGCUGACUGAGCUAGUGAGUAAGAUGAGGGAUAUGCAAAUGGAUAAGACGGAGUUGGGCUGUCUGAGAGCAAUCAUCCUUUUUAAUCCAGAUGCUAAAGGGCUGUCCAGUCCGAGUGAAGUGGAGUUGCUGAGGGAAAAGGUCUAUGCAUCGCUGGAGUCUUACUGCAAACAGAGAUACCCUGACCAGCAAGGAAGGUUUGCCAAACUUCUACUCCGGCUACCAGCCCUACGAUCCAUUGGCUUGAAGUGCUUGGAGCACCUGUUCUUUUUCAAACUGAUUGGUGAUACCCCCAUUGACACUUUUCUUAUGGAAAUGCUGGAGGCUCCACAUCAGUUGACCUAAUCUGGACUCAACCCAACCCACUUUAAUCCAGUUAGCACCAGGGAUUACCGGCUCCCUGGACAUUGGGGCUUCACUGUGUCUGCUAGUUAAAUCUCCAGCUCACAACCUGCUUUAUUCUGUUCCUCUGAUUUCCCCUCUCACUGUUGUCUCUCCUGUGCUGGAAUAGCCCUAAAAGACUAUUGGUAAAAUAAGGAAAGAAAAAAAAACACAUUUUGCAGUUUUACACAUUUUACACAGGGAAGCAUCCUAAGGGAAGAUCUACGUAUUUUUCAGAAAAUAUGCAGGUUGUGAAGUGUAUCAUAACUUUCUGCUUUCGGAGCUCCUGUUUUUCCACAGUGGUGCUCUGCAUGUCUUGUUUGUGUAUCACAAAAAAGUUCGAUUCUGCAUUAAAAGUCCAUAGAUGCAGCACCCAAUUUUUUUUAUUAGUUACCCUUAGUGACCACAAAAUCACAUGAACUGCCCUUUUCCUGGUCAUUUAGGUCAUGUGAAAGUCUGGGCUUUUGUUCCUGCUUUCUUUUAUUGAACUGACUCAUGAGAUGAGUUCAGUUGUUGCUGCAUUGAGAUUCAGGAUCUUCCUUGUCUGGCCUGCAUAAAAUCCUUACUAUGGUUUUUAAUAAUGUAUGUGGGAUGAUUUUAGUUCAUGUUACAUUUAAUUUUACUCACAUUUUUGUAAAGAAAUUAACCUGUGAUUUAUAUAAAAUCUAUUCUGUUGGGGGGUAUACUACUGGCUAUACUACUGACUCUUCAGUGUCAGUAGGUCAUGCCAAGCUUUAUAUUGCCUGGAAGAUUUAAAAAAGUUAUUUUCUGAAUUCCAUAUACACUGUAUGUCCAAAUUAUUUGUGGAUACCCCUUUCUAAAAUGAGCCUGAUGGGUAUAAAAGCCCCUAGCUGUGAAGUGAAACUGUGUUGUUUGGAAUCAUGGUGCUCGAUCUAAUACUUUGGAAUACGUUGGGGAUAUGAGUGAGGUGGUGAUCAUCUAACAUUCUGUCCUACCUAACUCUACUGUCUAGGAAAGGCAGACAGUUACUCCAACCAGUAAACGAACAUGUUUCUAAUACUUUUGUUCAUUUAUUGUGGAGUCAUCAUUUCCCCUCAUUAGCCAAACUGUAAACAUCACUCUCUUACUUUUUAGAAAAAAAUGCUUGCCUAUUUCUUUACAAGUAUCUGGUGGAUGUUGUUCUUGAUGGAAAUUAUCCUGUAAGUCCAGUUUAUUUUUGCUUAAAUACCAUUUGUAAGUAUUAAAAAUACAUACAGUGGAAUUUCAUGUAUAAUACUCACUAUGAUGUCACUGAUGAAUAUUCCUACUAUUCCAGAAUCAUGCAAAAAGGUUCAUCGGAUGUGAUCUAGGCAUUUGAGGCUGAAUAUUCACAUUUAAUUAAGUUGUGUGUUUUACAUAGAACAUGCUAGCCAACUGUAGAGUAUGUGUACGUAAGAGGGUCAACCGACAUUGUAAAAUUCUGAAACAAUACGUAAAUGGACAACAAUUCUACAAGCUUUACAAGUAAAACAAACACCUGGAUAUUUUUCUGUUUUGAAACACAGGCCAAGCCUAAAAUGAUUACUUACAUUGGAUAAUAAUCCCAGUAAAGCAAGAAAAUCAGCCCCUGUUCCUGUCUGGCUUCAGUCUAGUAUAGUUUGGUGGUAUAUCUCCUCCAGUCCAGCUAAUUUACCUGUUAAUUAACUAAUCAGUUAAUUCAGUUUAACCAAGGAAACUCUUGUGAUCAUCCUCCCUCCAAAACCUGGGGUUGGAACUCAUGGGUUACAAGGCAAUGGUUCUAUAACUUUUGGUGCUAAAUGUUAAAAUGGUUGUAGUGUUCUAGACAGUUCUGUGUACUCUAUCACCACAUACAGUGCCCUUUAUAAUGUUUUUGAUCUGCUCCAUUUGAACGUUUUAAGUCAAACCAAUCAAGUUCCAGAUUUUAUUUUAAGCGUACUUGCAUUUGUUUUAGUUUUACCAUGUUAAAACUUAAUUUCUGGAUACUGUAAUGUUUGGGACAUUUGGCUUCACAUGUCUUAUGAUUGUUAUGAUUGGUUUCAUUAGUUUAAAGCUUUCAAACGUCUACAAAAUUCAAAAACGCUUUUUUCAGGCAAAAACAUUCAAGAUGUCGCUCAAACAUUGGGAUUGCCAAAAUCAACUGUGUAGAAUUGUCAUUAAUAAAAAAAAGAAUGCACUGGUGAGCGCAUUAAUCACAAAGGGACUGGAAGGACAAAGAAAGAGGCCACAUGCUGAAGGCACUUUUGGAUGUCACCUUAUCCUACAGCAAGAUGUUCCUUUUGGUCUUUUUUUUUUUUGGUUUGUUUGUUUGUUUGUUUAAUGAUUAAUUAAUGAUCAAGCCGGUCACCCAAUUUUAAUUAAUUUGAGCAAGACAGUACCAAACAUGACUGCAUUAAAGUACCUAUCAUUGAUGUGUCCCAAACAUUUAUAGUGUCCUGAAAUGAGUAAAGUGUAUUACCAAAAGAAAGUGAAACUGAAAUUAAAUUAAAAUCUGAAAUGUGUAAUUAAAUUAUGUUUGAUUGGAAGCAUGGGGCAGAUUAAGAAAGAAUGCAUCUUUGUCCAUUAUGUUUAGCUCUGGGUUGUUUGGUUGUUUCAAAAAGAACAAAUAUGCAAUACGAGUUGCACUUAGGAAGACUGAGAAGCCUAAAAGCCUAAUUUCCUGCUUCUUUUUUUUGCAUCCUUUUUAAAUUUGUUGCAUUGCUUGUGAGUCAGUUGCCCUACAGGUUUUAAAAAGAUCAUAUUGCACUGUAUCUUAAAGCUCUAUUAAUUCAUGCUUUUCAUUGUUAUAUUGCAAAUGCUAGAAAUCCUCCUUUAGCUAUCCUCUUUCCAUCUGUUGUACUGUACUUUAUCCUCCUCCUCAUGAACUUCUUAGUGGAGCGGAUGGGUGAUUGAUUUAUAUAAUGCAGCACACAAUCACUGCAUACAGAUUCUGUGGACAUUAGUGCAUUGGUGGGUGUGCUGUUUUGAAUAUAUACAUAUAUGUUCUGUGUGAAAGCAGAUUUGUGUUUAAUUGGAGCAGCACCUCGGUAUAUUUUGGGGAAGGGGGAGGGCAGGUGUACAAAAAAAAAAACCUUUUCUCCAUAGUACACAAGGGUGUUUUGUUCAGGGCAAUCAGGGCACCAUUUGUAAUCAGUAAUACGAUCAUGUGGGGGGGUGAAUAUGUGCUGUGAAAUCAUGGAAUGCUCCAUUUGUUUCCUUUUCUGUGUAUUGUUCUUCUGUUCUGAGUGUGUGAGCUCUGAAAUAUGCAAAGUGUGGACCUGAAUUCAUGUCUGUGAGAAAGUGCGGGCGGUUCUUCAGAUCUUUUACAGUGUUUAAGCUUGUUUACUUCCAGGCAGCAGUGGUCAGCAAGGAAUUGUUAAAAGACAUUUUUAAUUACGUCGACCAAGAAGAUGCUUUGAGCCUAAAUCCUGAAACUUGACGUUGUUGCUGUUAUCAGACGGUCAUAUUGGAGGACAUGACCCAUUAGAGAUGGAAUAAAGAAGGAGAAUGUCACCGUUACGUGGGAAGUAGUUUGCGCAGCGAGGAUAAACUGAUUAAGACUGGACAGAGAGUUGGGAAUGCUGGGACAUUAAAGAGAGAACUCUUUUGAACCAGACUGCUUUUAUAUUUUUCCUGACCAUUUUUGUGCAUCCUGAGUAAAACAAAAGAAGUAAAAUCACUCUGGAUCUUUUUCUUCCACUGUUAUUUUCUCUCCAGACUUUUAACCAGCUGUAUCAGUUCUGUUAAUGAUUGUCGUGAGUAGAGAUUUUUUUUUUCUGUUGUCAGGGUUAAGUAAAGGUUUUAACACUG